UAACAACAAGGCCGCAUUAGGAAACCUUUCCCCUUUUACUUGCAUCUCAUGAUUUCUUCUUUGCGUUCUACCAGCACCAAUUGGAAUGUUGCAGAAUCCAAAGGAGCGCAGCUUUUCUUGGUCAGAAUCUUCUACUGCCAGUGGCUGCUCACAGCGAUUCUUCCUCUCCACGGUCUGCUCAGAAGGAUCAAGGCGGUUUUUCGGCGCUCUGCCAAGUCCAAGCUCUCCUGGAUCGCUUCCAUGUUUUGAUAGGUUUUCGAUUCUGCUCGUCCAAUUUGUGCUCGUUCAUUAUUUUAUCUUCGAACGAAUAUUACAGGUGUUUUCCCUUUACAAGGUCAUGGUUGCUUACUUUUCGUUUGUACUCUUUCUGACAAGUUCCCCCCAAUACAUCACAACCCUUUUGGCUAUUUUUCCAAGGUUCGGCACUGAGACUUUUAUCGAGGUAUAACUGCCUGCCUGAGGAUCGGCUAAGGAAACCUUGAUGACCCAACUCACCUCUAAUUUGCGUAAGCGCCCUUUAUUACUGGCACCUCUAUGAUUUAUGUCACUUACAUGUGAGCGUCAGCAACGUUUAUGGGUCGAGAAAGG